UUCUCCCUGUGUUCGUGGGUCUGCAAGUCUUCACGGCACGACCGUACAGCAGUGCCGUACGUUAGUGUAGGGACAUCCCUAGUGUAAGGUCCAUUAUUAUUAAAAAAGGGGAGCAACAUUUUCUCUCCGCGUUGGAUACCUUAAUUUUUACUGGCUCUGUUGUUCUCCUGCUGUCUUGCUGUUGAUUGUGGAUUUUAGCGACAUAUACGUCCUCGGGUUGUGGCAGCAGGUUACGGCAUGCAUUGCUCUAGUCCAGCACUGCCCAGCCUGCGCAAACGUUUCCAGUCAGACGCACCAGAUAUCAGCGUGCGGUCGAGUCCAGUGCGAUACCGACAGGUCGGCUGUUGUCGACAGUUUGGUUUUAAGUCCUUUUUCGGUUUGCACUGGCUGUUUCCCCUGUCGCCCGGACCUACAGAGGCUGGCUUCCCAGCCCAGGCCCGGCAGAGCCAGGGAGUUUCCUGUUCGACUGCGCCAUUUGGGAUGUGGUACAGGUUGAUGUUUAAUUUUAAGGAGCCCCCAGGCUGUUUUCAAGAUAGACCCCCGACAGUACGCAGCCUCGAACCUUCUGACUGAGCGCGACUGUGUGGACAAGAUCGCUCACAAGCUCCCGCUGUGUCUGCCCAGCGCCAAGAUCAGCAACCUGCAGAAGUCCCUCAGCCAGUCUGUGGGGCAGGAUUCUGUCGCCAUGGAUACCGAGUCCACCUACUCUGGGUAUUCCUACUACUCGGGCCGGUCCAGGGGUUCCCACCGACAUGGAGAGAGGAGUCGAGAGCGACACAAAUCCCGCAGUAAAGACAGUCGCUCAGAGAAGUCCGUCACCAUCAAAGCCCCGCCCGCAGAGCCGCUUCUUGGGGAUGAGUCCACACGCGGGGAGGAAGUUCAGGAUGACAACUGGGGAGAGACCACGACGGCGGUCACAGGAACGUCCGAGCACAGCAUCUCCCAGGAGGACAUUGUGCGAAUCACAAAGGACAUGGAGGACAGCGUGGGGCUGGACUGCCGGCGCUACCUGGGCUUGGCUGUGGUGGCGGUGCUGGGCCUGCUGGUCUUCCUGACACCCAUCGCCUUCCUGAUCCUGCCCCACGUGCUGUGGCCCGACAAGCUGAAGUCCUGUGGCACGGCCUGCGAGGGCCUCUUCAUCUCUGUGGCCUUCAAGCUCCUGAUCCUGGUGAUCGGGGCCUGGGCCCUCUUCUUCCGCCCCCCGCGGGCCCACAUGCCCCGCGUCUUCGUCUUCCGGGCCCUGCUCCUCGUCCUCAUUCUCCUCUGCGUGGUCUCCUACUGGCUCUUCUACGGCGUGCGCAUCCUGGACUCCCAGGACGAGAACUACCAGGGCAUCGUGCAGUACGCCGUCUCCCUGGUGGACGCCCUGCUUUUCAUUCACUACCUGGCCAUUGUGCUUCUGGAGCUCCGGCAGCUGCAGCCCACCUUCUCCCUCAAGGUGGUCCGCUCCACCGACGGAGAGGCCCGCUUCUACACCCUGGGCCAGCUGAGCAUCCAGCGUGCAGCUGUCCUGAUCCUCGAGAAUUACUACAGAGACUUCCCUGUGCACAACCCUGCUCUCCUGACCGCAGCCAAGUCCCGGGCCGCCAAGCACAUGGCCGGCCUGAAGGUCUACAACGUGGAUGGUCCAGGGAACAACGCGACAGGACAGUCCCGGGCCAUGAUCGCAGCCGCUGCCCGCAGGAGAGACUCCAGCCACAACGAGCUUUACUACGAGGAGGCUGAUCACGAGAGACGCGUGAAAAAGCGAAAAGCCAGGCUGGUGGUAGCCGUGGAGGAAGCCUUCACCCACAUCAAGCGGAUGCAGGAGGAGGACCAGAAGAAAGCGCCAGGGGAAGUGAUGGACCCCCGCGAGGCUGCACAGGCCAUCUUCCCUUCCAUGGCCCGGGCACUGCAGAAGUACCUCCGCACCACUAGGCAGCAGCACUGCCACACCAUGGAGAGCAUUCAGCAGCACCUGGCCUUCUGCAUCACCAAUAACAUGACACCAAAGGCUUUCUUAGAGAGUUAUCUGAACCCAGGCCCCACACUACAGUACAGCAGAGAUCGCUGGCUGGCUCGCCAGUGGGUUCUGGUCAGCGAGGAAGCUGUGACCAGUGGUUUAAAGGAUGGAGGUGUCUUCGUCCUCAAGUGUGUAGACUUUAGCCUGAUUGUGACUGUCAAGAAGAUCCCCUUCAUCAAACUCUCAGAGGAGUUCAUUGACCCCAAGUCUCACAAGUUUGUGCUCCGGUUACAGUCUGAAACAUCAGUUUAAUUUCCUUGUUGUCUUAUUUUAUUUUUUGUCCAUUUCAGGAUUUUAUUUCCAUUUUUAUAUAUGCAUAUAUAAAUAUAUUUUCUUUUUUUAAAUAAAAAGUUGAAAAACAUUAAGAAAAAUCUAUACGAAAAAGCAGAUGAUAAACUAUGAUCCUAUACAUUGGACAGGAACUGGAACCCGCACAUGAAUCCUGUUUCUUCCUGGGAGUGGGAGGCUUUUUUUAAGAUGGAGAGGGGUUCAAAAUGCUUGUGGUGAACAGGGAAUGGCAUUAUCAAGAGUUUGAUGGGACCACUGAGAAAGGCAAAAACAACCUCCCACCUGCAUCGGACCUAUCUGGGGAAAACUGAUUUUUUUUUUUUGCCAUCAGCUAUAGUAAGCAUUACACAAAGCCUUUCCACAAUGCACAUCCACUUUUGUUGCAUGUCAAAAGAGCAAAUUACCUGUAUAUGCAUUAGCAGAGACUGCAUCUGAAUUGCAGCCUGGACAUCAGUCAAUACCUUUGUUGGAGGCAUCUGCAUUUAAUGUGGAUUCUUAAUUUUUUUUGUAUGAUUCCUCUCAGUCCUAAAACUGUAUAUUUUAGUGUGUAUAUAUGUAUACAUAUAUACCUACACAAAGCUGCUCACUUUAUACUGUUUAUACAAUGUAGGGUCAUAUAUAACUUUUUAAAACAUUGUCUGCACAUAAAUUGUCUCUGUGAUACACCAACAGAUCUUUGAUUAUUAUUUUCAUAUUCUAUAAGCACAUUUUUAAUGUGAAUUGCAGUACAGAUGUUUUUUUACAGGGCUUCUCAUCAUUCCAUUUUUACAAUCUUAAUUUUUCACUUUUUCAGUCCAGGCAAGAUCAGAAUCCUUUCAUGCUUUUUUAUAACGCAUCUGUUUUGUAGGUAGAAAAACAAUGUAACUACUCUUCUUGCUGCACUUAGGCUCUUACGAUGCCUCUUUGAGAAGCCAAUCUAAUCAGGUAGAAUUGGUGAUGCCCUAUUUUCCAUAUUUUUUAAAAUAGUUUUACAGAAGUCCGUUUUUCAGAAGCGGUCUCUUCAUAUUCCUUGAAAAUUCUAAUCUUACUUGGCUCACUUUUCUAAUCAACAAAAUGCAUUUAAUUGUAAAAAAAAAUCCUCAUAGGCUCAUUUUGGCUCACAUAGGCUCAUUAUGGAAGCUUUCAGAUUGUGUAUUUGGCCUGGCAUAUCAAAUGUUCAAGAGACAUUUUUCAUUGUCAAUAUUUACGUUGUGAGUAAACCCUGAAAACAGUCUAGUCAGAAGAUGUGCCAAAAUCUGGAUCCAGUUUCAACCUCAUUAUUGGCAUUUAAAUUUUGUGACACCUGGCUUUCUAGUGUGACAGCAGAAACUUGCCACCCUUCUUGUUCAACAGUCUCAUCCCUUGAUUAGGAUUAAGACCUUUAUAAUGUGGACAAUCCCGAAACAGCACAGUCAGUAAUGCCUUAGUGUUGCUGACUGGUGUGCCUGAACUUUUGUAGUGUACAACUGAAAAAUAGGAAAACUUUGGAUGGUCUGAAAUUUUGAGCAGUGCUUCAUCAUAGAAGUGACUUUAAAUGUGUUACAUGGCAUAUCGUGGGGAUUCAGAUAUUCGAACAGUAAAAAAAAAAAGACGUGAAUUUGCUUUGCUAUAGUUAUGAAUAGCCUGGACAAUACACACAGUGGGAUGAGGACUCUUUAUACAUGCAGUGUGAAUUUUUCUUCGGCUUUCACAUGUUAUGGCAAUGUCUUGAAGGCUGGAAAUGACCUUUGAGUUUUUGCCAGGCAGUUCAAGGCCAUGUCCCUCAGCUUGCUCUGACCUUACCGAGCAACAGCACAACCCUCAAUGUCCUGACGAAGCCCAGAGUGCAGGAUUUGUUUUGUUCCCCAAAAAAGGAUGCAGUCCUGAUUUUAGACUGACAAACCCACAAGAAGAAAGAGACGUCUCUUACUCUGUUCCCUGUAGUACCAUUUAUUAGAAUCCUUAUCAUGAUUAUUUAUUAAUAAUUUAUCACAAAAUCUUAAAAAGUGAGGCCUCAGCUGAGUUUGUUCAGUGACUUGUUUGAAUUGAGUGGCUUGUUAUUCUGGACCAUCUGGUGCUUUUAUACGCUUUUAAAAGCUCUCACCUUUAAGUUACUUCUUGCUUGAAAACCUAAGUCAUAAGAGUGGAAGACUAUGAUCGUUUGUAAACCUUACAUGAUAACCCUGCACUGCACUGCUGUUAAGAGCUUGACGGUCUGUUUUGUCAUAUGACACCUAGAUUUAGAGGAAUGUCUGGUGCCAAUUACAAUGUUCAAAGUAGAUCAAAUCCAUGUCCCGGUUAUUUGUUGACUGAUUACGUUGUUUGUAACCUACCAAGCCGGUUAUCAGUCUGUGUUGAAGAGCAUGGGUAAAGAGUGUAAGAAUUGAGAUACUGUAUAAAUCCUUACCUUCAGUUGUCUGAUACUGCCCUGCAGACAAUCCUGUAUUUCUAGUGUGCUCUGUGCAGUGUUGUGUCCAGAGAUGGGAAAUUCUCUCCAGAUGACACAACAAAUGUUUUUUUAUACUCCUCCAUGCUUUGUAGCACAUUAGGAAUAACUUCGUUCUUUAUUUAGUGAGAAGGCGCUUUCUGCUUGUAUCAUUUUUGUUCUGAUAGUUUCUGAUAUGUACCACAAAACCAUGACAUUUUCCGAAACAUCUCUUGUAACAGGUUACAGUAACAGGCCUUUAAGGGAAAGAGGCAUUGAAUCUCAGAGAAUCUUGCUUUUAAAAACACAGCUCUUGUUCUUGUUCAUCUUCCUGUACAUUGUAGCUGUUCUUAUCGUGUUGUGUUACAGUACUUGUGAUGGACAUGCUGUGAUGACCUGCACUUUGUUUGCUAUGUGGAUUCAUAGUGCUGUGAACAGUGCUAACAGAUUGAAUUCUGGUUGUUCUCUUCUGAAAGGCCUGGAAUCUGAGUGAUAAGGCCUCAUAGGCCUAGAACACUCAUGUUCUUUUGCUUGGUAUUCGCUGGGUUGAAUUAAAUUAUUUAAAGACCCGCAGGUAAGCAAAAAAAACUCUUAACUGAGAAUGAGAGUCUUCGUGUUACCAUUGCACAGACCGAUUCCUGCUCCAAAUAUAGAGUUUUCCACAUGAAUUGCUCAUAGUCUGGCUGAAUACAAUGUAGUUUGGAAUGUUGGAUGAUUUUGUUUUAGUUUUUAUUUAACUAUUGAUGUGUCCAGAAUAAACACUUAAAGUGAAAGAGGCCUAUUUUAGUAGCACAGAAUGCUGACCUUUACAUUUUUCCAAAAACAUGGAACAUUUUCCCUAAAACAUGGGAACAUGUCCUUAUUUAGUGAAAUUCACUGAGUUAUAAGAUUUUAAUUCUGAUGUUAAUUAUUAAGCUUGUCGUAUUCAAUAAACAUGUCAUAACUGCUGUUUGGCCUUUUGACUAACCAAGAUGAUUUUCUACAUUUGUAAAUAAAGGUCAUCAGGAUGUAUACUGUGCAUUUUAUUUUGCUUUCAACAUGAUAACAUGAUUAGUGGGGAGGUUAAUUGCCACUGUCGAUGUGCAGUUGUCUCUACUGAAAAUUAUAAAAAAAAGCUGAAACAAUGAAGUUAAUGUGUUUCUGUGAAAUUAUUGAAAAUUGACUCAUCUCCUCUAUGACCACACCUCCCAGCUUAGGGCAAUCGUGCUGAUUUUUUGUCACCACUACUUGUUUGAUACGGUGUUCAUUUUGUGUGUGAAAAUGUUUUAUAUAUUUUGUUUUGCAAAAUGAUUUUCAGUGCAAAAAACAUCCAAAGAUUUUAUGAAGCACAGGAAUUGUUUGGAGUUUUAGUAAAUAGCUCACAGUGCCACCUAGUGGUUGCAUUUGGAGUUGUUCUUUAGUGUGACAUGACAUCUCCUCAAGUGUUAUUGAUACAAUCUCUGGAGCAAUACCAGUCACAAGUUAGUAGGUAUACUGGAAUAUGAAAGUAUCAAAGUAAAAAAAUAACAUUUGAAUGUAUUGAAGUACAUAUGUCUUUAUCCACAUGACUGAUUGUCAUGAACUUAAAAACUCUGUAGCAAUAGAUGAAAUGUACAUUGUCUAUGGAGAUUUAUUCAGAUUUCAGAAUUUAUGAAAGAUAAUUUUUUGUACAAGUAACUUGCUUUUUAAAAGUAUGAUCCCAAAAUUAUGUAACUAAUGUGCUUUGUAUGUAUCUUACAAUGUGAAUGUCAAUGUGCCUCAUUCUCUACUCAUAGUGUCUGCCACUCCUAACAAGUGAAAUCUCCUUUCCUUGCUCUCAGGUGCUUUACACACAUGAUUCUGUUGAGUGGUUUGAGGCUUUGUGUCCGUUUUUGUAAUGUAAUGAAUGUUUGAAGUUCACAUCACAAACAUUUGCGUAAAAUAAACAUUUAUACAAUA